GAGCGGGGGCUGUCCGCGGAGGACUCGAGCGCGGUGCCUGAGAUGAUCGAGCGCGAACUGCGGGCUCAGCGCGCGGACUGGCUGGAGAGGACGGACGAGGACGGCCUCUUUCAGGCCAUGGAGGUCGACGAGGACGGCCGCCGCUACGGGCCAGACGGCCAGGCCAUGGAGGGCGAGGUGGACGAGGUCGCCGCCAGCCAGGCCGAGGAGGCCCAGAUGGACGAGGGCGCCGCCAGCCAGGCCAUGGAGGGCGAGGUGGACGAGGUCGCCGCCAGCCAGGCCAUGGACGAGGUCGCCGCCAGCCAGGCCAUGGACGAGGGCGCCGCCAGCCAGGCCAUGGAGGGCGAGGUGGGCGAGGUCGCCGCCAGCCAGGCCAUGGAGGGCGAGGUGGGCGAGGUCGCCGCCAGCCAGGCCAUGGAGGGCCAGGUGGGCAUGGGCGGCGAGGACGCUGACGCAGAGCUGAGGAGCCCGACAGCGUCGGCGUCGGAGAACGAGGUCGAGGCCACGGUCCCUGCUGGCGACGAGGUGCAAUUGGCCAGGGACAUGGAGCGCUCCGCGACGGGGGCGGCUGAGGAGCUCAUGACGGGGACUUCUAUGGGCGGAGGGUUGCAGUCCUUGCAGUCACGCUUGGAGCGUCGCGGCAUGCUCGGCUUGGGGGCCAGGUCUAAGGCCAUGGCGAGGCCACCGCAACAGCAGCCCGAGAUCGACGCUGGCGAGUUUGUGCCGCACCAGGUCCAGGAGGAUGGGACUGCCGCGGGCGCGCCGCCAGCCCCGUUGGCUGAGGACGCGCCGCCAGGCCCGUCAGCUGCGGCGGCGACGCGCGCCCAGUCAGUCAAGCCGACAUCGGCACCAGUGAACUUCAUGGACGAGAAGAUCCGAGUCCAGGUGGAGGCGGCGAGGAAGCUGCUCGCGUCCAGCGUGCAGUGCCAGAUGAAGAUGAGCGAAUGGAGCAGCCGCUGCGGUGGGGCCGUCCUCAAGACGCUCCUUGAGCAGCAGUUCAAGGGGCAGCAGGGGGACAUGCUCAGUGCCCAGGCGAUCCUGAACCUUCUCGACGCGGGCAGGGCGGCAGUGGGCGGGCUCCCGCCGCUCCCGAGGGGGGACUCAGAGCUCGUCCUCGCGCCAGGGACCGCGAAGAGCUUGGGGUCGAGGCUCGACGAGAUCGCGGCGAAGCGCACCCUGUCCGAGGCGCAGGGCAACAUGAAGAACGUCCCCGCUGAGGUCUUGGCCCAGAUCGAGCAGCUGCAGAUUGGGAUUAAGGAAGGCAUCAAGGCGAGGAGCAACGUCUACCAGCAGUUUGGCAGGUGGCUGGCGCAGAAGAUCAAGCAGGAUCCGAAGUUCGCUGAGGACUGGGAUGCGAAGGCAGCAGACGACCGCCGCGACUACAGGACCGAGUGGGCUCAGAGGAAGCUGACGGAGCUCAAGCGCAAGUACAUCCACAAGCGCGCGUACAAGAUGGUGGACGAGAGCGUCGGGACCUACUUCUCGUUCUCCCGCAUCGUCGUGGAGAACGCGAUCGCCGCGCGGCGGUACUGCGAGGCGUGCAUCGCCAUGGGCGGCGAGUGGCUGACGUACUGCUCGCUCACGCAGCGCGUGAAGUUCUUCUACGUCUCGCUCCAGCGCCGCGAGGUGAUGGAGAGGAGCUGGUCCGAGCACAUCGAGAACGAGGAGAAAGGCGAUGAGGGCGCCGAGCCCGCCGCGGCGGCUUCCGACACAGCCUCCAGCGCCGCGGCUGCUGCGCCAGCUGCUGGCGCAGCCAUCCGCCCCCAGCUCCCCGAGGAUCAGGCCGCUGCCGCGACGAAGAGGGAGGCUCCUGAAGAGGGCGGGGCCGAGCAGCCCAACGCCAAGAGGGGGCGGCGGGGGAGGGCCGUCACUGACGGUGCCGACUCCCACGCGGAGAUCACGCCAGAGCAGGCCGCCGCGAAGGAGGCCAAGAAGAAGGUGGCGACGGCUGAGCAGGCCGCCAAGAAGAUGCUGUCGCAGUUCCAGCAGCUCACGCAGUCGGUGGACACCAUCAAGCACUGCAUGGCUGCGAUGCCCGAGUGGAAGUGGCUCAAGGACCACAAGAAGAACAUGGACGACCUCGGUGCCGUGGAGAAGGCCGUUGCCGACAGCCGCACGGACCUCUUCAACCGCAUGAUGAGCGAGGAGAUGAAGAUGAUCAAGAAGGACUACGCCGACGCCGACAUUGUCAGGGACUUCAAUCAGAUCGUGACGAAGACCGCAGGG